CAGCGGGCCCCAGCUCCCUGCGCGCCAGCUCGGCUCCGGCUGCCUCGUGCUCCCGCAGGCUGCUGAGAGGCAGUGGGCAGCGCCGCGGGAGGUGCGGGUCCCUGCCCCGCGGGGCCAGAAGCCCCCAAGGGGCACGCGGUGUGCGGCUCACUGGGGAAGGAAGCCACGGGAAGAAGCUGCCCAAGUGACUAAUCCCGGAGAUGCCCUUUCCCACGGCGCCGCGGGGCUGCCGGGAGCCUUCCCCCCAGGUCCUCUGCGCCCUGCAUCCUCUCUAGCCGCGGGAGGCGGUGGGGCAGCGCUGGCUCUCUGGGGGCCCGGCCCGGGAUCCUUUUUCCAAACCCUCCGGAAGAUUUUUGCGCGUUGGGAGCCGAACCCAGAGUGUGCGUGCCUGCGUGCAGGGCAGGACUCGGGCGUCUCCGGGGCGCCGUGGAGCUCCGGGGGCUCUGAGGGAGGCUCCCCGGAGGCAAGGGUUUCGGGGAGCUGCCGCGGAGCCGGGGUGUGAGGAGCCAGGCAUGUAUUUUCAGCUGCGCCUCAGCCCCGAAACGUGACUGCGAGUGACUAGCUGGGCAGAGGCCUCCCGUCUCUGGACUGCUAGCUUAGAAUAUGCUAAAAAGCCAAUGCCGCCCACGGGGAAUUGAAGGGCCAGCCGGUGUCAGUGACAGUGACAGUGACCUGGAGCGAGGGGGUCAGAAGACAGACGUAGAGAGCGAGAGGGACUUUCCCAGGGGAUGGCCCGGAUCGCCGAGGGCAGGCUGCUGCCACGCCACGGCUGCAGCCCUCUGAUGGAGUUCCGGUGAGGCCUCCCCCCGGGGGAGCAAGCGGGACCGUGCACGGGGCUGCCGGGUGACUGAGGACUCCCAGGGGUCUGGCUGCGCGCCCCCCCCCGGCCCCUGCUAGGGAACUUGAGGCACGUCACAGCCCCCCCCCCGGGCACGCUCCCCCAGCAGCAUGAGGACUCUGAACACUUCCACCAUGGACCGGGCCGGGCUGGUGGUCAAGAGGGACUUCUCCUUCCGCGUCCUCACGGCCUGUUUCCUGUCGCUGCUCAUCCUGUCCACGCUCCUGGGGAACACGCUGGUCUGCGCGGCCGUCAUCCGGUUCCGGCACCUGCGGUCCAAGGUGACCAACUUCUUCGUCAUCUCCCUGGCCGUCUCGGAUCUCCUGGUGGCCGUCCUGGUCAUGCCCUGGAAGGCGGUGGCCGAGAUCGCUGGCUUCUGGCCCUUCGGGUCCUUCUGCAACAUCUGGGUGGCCUUCGACAUCAUGUGCUCCACCGCGUCCAUCCUCAACCUCUGCGUGAUCAGCGUGGACAGGUACUGGGCCAUCUCGAGCCCCUUCCGGUACGAGAGGAAGAUGACCCCCAAGGCAGCCUUCAUCCUGAUCAGCGUGGCCUGGAUGCUGUCCGUGCUCAUCUCCUUCAUCCCGGUGCAGCUCAGCUGGCACAAGGCCAAGCCCACAGGCCCCCCCGAUGGCAACGCCACGUCCCCGGGCGAGACCACGGACAACUGUGACUCCAGCCUGAACAGGACCUACGCCAUCUCCUCCUCCCUGAUCAGCUUUUACAUCCCCGUGGCCAUCAUGAUCGUCACCUACACCAGGAUCUACAGGAUCGCCCAGAAACAGAUCCGGCGCAUCUCGGCCUUGGAGAGGGCGGCGGUCCACGCCAAGAACUGCCAGACCACCCCGGGGGCGGGAAAGCCCGUGGAGUGCUCGCAGCCGGACAGCUCCUUCAAGACGUCCUUCAAAAGAGAGACCAAGGUCCUGAAGACGCUGUCCGUGAUCAUGGGCGUGUUCGUGUGCUGCUGGCUCCCGUUCUUCGUCCUGAACUGCAUGGUGCCCUUCUGCGGGUCCGGGGAGACCCAGCCCUUCUGCAUCGACUCCAUCACCUUCGACGUGUUCGUGUGGUUCGGCUGGGCGAACUCCUCCCUGAACCCCAUCAUCUAUGCCUUUAAUGCCGACUUUCGGAAAGCGUUUUCCACGCUCUUAGGGUGCCACAGACUGUGCCCGGCGACGAGCAACGCCAUAGAGACAGUCAGCAUCAACAACAACGGGGCCGUGGCCGUCUCCAGCCAUCACGAGCCCCGGGGCUCCAUCUCCAAGGACUGCAACGCGGUGUACCUGAUCCCACACUCCGUGGACUCCUCCGAGGACCUGAGGAAGGAGGAGGCCGGCGGAAGGGCCAAGCCCUGGGAGAGGCUGUCCCCGUCCCUGUCUGUCAUUUUGGACUAUGACACGGAUGUCUCUCUGGGGAAGAUCCAGCCCCUCACGCAAAACGGACAGCACCCCACCUGAACCCUGAGAGGAACCCCCCGCCCCCCGCCGGCCACACUCAUCCCCGAAGCUGGAGGCGGUCUCCCGGGGGCUGGCUGUUAAGACCCUGAGGGGAGCCUCAGACGCCAGGUGAGCCCUCCUCCGCUGCCGGUCCUCCAACACACAGCUGGCCGUGUUUCCCGUGUUCUUCCUCGUGAGUCCGAGGGCACGCAUGUGAAGCGAGUGUCCCUGGGGGGGCCGUGUCCUGGGCUCCAGAAUCACUUCUCGAAACUGAUUCUCAUCUUAGGACUCAAACUAGGGCAAAGAACCAACAAGGGUCCGAGUCACUUACACGUCGCUGGCCCUUUCUGGACGGGCGUGAGGAGGGGGAGGCGGCUGUGGACAAACAGGUGCUAGCCCUGGCCCGGGCACAGCUGUCAGGCGGGAAAGGCGGGCGCAGCCCCCCCCACCCCGCCCCGUGCAUGGUGUCUAAGAGAGAGCUGAGCCUUACCGUGCCAGUGGGGUGGUGUUCUUCAGAAUCGGGAGAUGCUUAGUGGAUACUGGUUUUAUUUAUUUAUUGUAUUAUAUGGAUAUUUUAAACUUACUAGAGUACAUCUAUAUUUAUCCUAUUUAAUAGUAUACAGUAGUGAGUUAUCCGAGACUCUACAGUCACAUUUUUGUCCAUUUAACUAGCACUUUACGAGUCAGUGAGACGAGAUGCCCUGAGACCCUAACUGCUCAGGCGUCUCUGCCAGGAGCACGGGGAAGACUGCUAGGGAGCGGGGUUGCGAUGACUCCUUAGCGUCCCUCGUCAUAAUAAAACAGGAGAGGAGAGCUGAGAAAUGCUGUGAAUGUUUUUUUUUCCUAAACAAUUUGAAAGACUUCUCUUUUUUAAAAAAGCAUAGUUCCUAUUGGAUUCAGAGUUUUUUUUUUAAAAUGACUAAGCCAUUCCCAGGAGAGUAAUUUCCAGUGCUGUAAAUAUCUUUUUAAAAAGCCAGCGUACAAAGAACCUAACUUGAAAUGCAUCGUCUUAGGUGGUGAUAGAAACUAGGCAUUACUUUGUAUUUAUGUAAAAUAGCAGGCCCUCUCCAUCCUUCCUUACUCCACGUGUCGGGUAGCUUUUCGGAGCCGAGCCACGGCCGCCCUGGUUCGGCCUGUGCAGGGCAGACAGUGGGUCUCCUUACCCCUCGAGUCACCACAGCCUCAGCAGGGCACAGAGCUCGGACCCUGCGCCUGCCCCUCCCCAGGCCAAGCCACGCCAGGGCUACUUUUUGUGGGGCUGUCUUCUGGAUUUAGAGAUCUUUCUCUUUUUCUUUCUCUGAAGUCUCAGUGGUGAAGGUGGACUAACAAAUAGUGCCUCGUGGUCCCCCCCCCCCCCCGCCGCCCCGGGAAGAUGCUGCUGUCGGGAAGAACAGGGAGCCCCUCCCCUCGGGGGGGGUGAAGCAUCCCAAAGCCGCCAGCAUCUCCCUAGACAAACGCUAACCUCCUCUCUGUGCUUUGGACUCGCGUCCCCCCGUCAUCACCAGGCCUGGAAAAAGUAUCCCCAUCACCCUCGAGAGCUACAAAUCCGGGAGGGGGGGGUGGUGAUGCAUUUCAAGGGGAUUUCUUUGAAACGCUGACAAAGUUUUCUUGUGGGGAAGCAAUUUACUUCUCGUGUGGAUGGACAGGGUCGCGGGAAAAAAAAGCUGCUGACAGCGAUCUCCGGCAUCCGGCCCCUGUGAUGUAAUGCAUUGUGAAUGUUUCUUAAUGCUGCUGCCUGUGCGCUUUCUUACACACAAUAAAAUUAUUUUGU